AAACAAUUGAUGUUUUCACUGAAUUUUCUUCUCAACAAGAGGUUACCUUUUCUCUUUCUUGCGUCUGUCUCCUGUAUUGCCAAGUCAUCUGCCAGCAACAGCAAACAAUAUUCACUCUCUCUUUCUAUGAAAAGCUGGGCCGUCUUAGUGUUUUUAUUUUGAUAAUUUUGUUACGUUAAUUAUUUAUUUAUUUAAAUGGGUUUCCCAUUAUGGUGUCGAUAUACAUCUUUGUUUAUUAGUUUUGCAUUAUUGUUGACAAUAAACCUUAGUUAUGGUCACAAUCAUGACCAUGAUCAUGAUCAUCAUCACCAUGACUCUCACCAUCACCAUCACGAUGAGGUAGAUGAGAGACCAUCAUUUAAGUAUUCCCGUGAAGCCAAUCAAGAUGUGUCACCUGAAAAAUUGACCAAAAUUGACUCUGGACACUCACAUUUACACCAUCACGAUGAAAGCCAUGAUCAUCAUGCUAAACCAUCUCAUGGUGAAAGCGCGAAUACGGUUGUGAAAAGAGAUGCAUCUGAAGUAUGGUUUUAUGCUUUAGCUUCUACUGUUACCAUUUCUGUUGUUCCUUUUUUUAUUCUUUGGUUUAUACCUUUGGAUAAUUCAGCUGAAUAUCAACCUUUUCUAAAAAUUCUGUUGAGUUUUGCUUCUGGUGGUCUUCUUGGUGAUGCCUUUCUUCAUCUUAUUCCUCAUGCUUUAAUAGCUCAACAAGCCAGAGAAUCAGCAUCAGAGGGACAUCAUCAUGGUCAUGGUCAUGGACAUGGACAUGGCCAUUCACAUGAGAGCGAUGGUGAACAUCAUCACAGUCACGAUAUGUCAGUCGGAUUAUGGGUGUUAGCUGGUGUCUUAGCUUUCCUAGUUGUUGAAAAGUUUGUCAGAAUCUGUAAAGGCCCUGGACAUGGUCAUUCUCAUUCAGUAUCCCAUAAAACUUCUGCCAGUCCCAAAAGCCAAGAUAAAAAGAAAGUGAAAUCAAAAGAAGAUGAAACCAAAAAGCAGCCGGAACAAGGUGAGGAGAGUGGAGAGAAAAAGGAAACCACGGAGAAGAAGAAGCCUUCUAAAACAUCUUUGAAAGGAAGUCCUAGAUCAGAUCAGCUCAGUGAUGAUUCUACUAAAUGUCCGGAUAGUCCAAGUGGAAAAAGAGUCAGGUUCACUGGUGUUGAUAAAAUUGUUCCUCUUCAUUCUGAACCUGUUGAACAAAUAAAAGUCGCAGGUUAUCUCAAUCUUGCUGCUGAUAUGGCCCAUAAUCUUACGGACGGAUUAGCCAUUGGUGCUUCUUUCAUCACUGGACAAGGAAUCGGAUUUAUGACUACAAUAACUAUACUCUUUCACGAAAUUCCCCAUGAAAUAGGCGAUUUUGCUAUUCUAAUACAAUCUGGGUGCUCUCGGAAAAAAGCCAUGUUCUUACAAUUGUUGACUGCCUUAGGAGCUGUUACUGGAACUCUGAUCUCACUUGUGGCCGACGGAACGUCCGAAACAGCAUCACCUUGGAUUUUACCAUUUACCGCUGGUGGAUUCAUUUAUAUCGCAUGUGUAUCAGUAAUACCAGAAUUAUUAGAAGAAACUAACUUAAAACAAUCUAUUCUAGAAAUUAUCGCAGCUGCCAUUGGUGUUUUGAUCAUGGUGUUCAUAGCUCAAUUUGAGUGAUUUAUUGCUACAUAAAUAUAACUUGUAAUUUUUUCCAACAAAUAAGUUAUCAUAGAUAAUUUGCUUAUCUAAUUUUAUAUGUGAAUGCGAUUACAUACAGUUCCACGAGGCAAGCAUUAACCAAAUGAUUGAGAAUUGUAUCUAUCUAAAAACACCAAAUUGAUUACAUAAUUUCUAAAAUACACAGAAUUAAUUUGUAUCUUGUCAAAA